AUCCAGAAAUUUGCAACUAUGACAAGUUUAAUUUCCUGUGAAAACAAAAAUUGAAUGUGAAAUAGAAGGAGGGAACGUUAAGAGUUACACCGGGUGCGUAUUUUGUUGAGAGACAUUCGAGAUUACUUUGAAAGCAGUCAGACUGAUAAUGUCGCAGGCGAAAUGGAGAUCACGCCAUUUGUGAGGAGACGUUUACGAGCAGACGAAAAAGUUCUGUAUUGCGCUCAGGGUCGCAUUAUAGAGGACAGUAUCCAGGCUGACCGGUACAUCGCCGUCAUACAGAAGCAGAGCGACACUGCAUUAUUUCUGUUUUCCUCGAGGGGAAUCCCCUGUACCAGUGAAGCAGACUUAGCAGUGGAGGAUGUGAUAAAAAUCAAUGAAGAUUUCCAUAUAAGGCAAAAUAAUGUCAAUAGACAGUCCUCUCUUGAUGACUUUGACCCCUUGAAAAACACUGAGCAAGUAGUGGAUCUAUUUGUGGGACGUAAAAAUCUUAGAUUGUUGUUACAAGAUGGAGUGUCAGCCAAAGCACUGAUUGGUUACCUGCAGAAAUCUCAGAGUCAACUCCCCCAAGGAGCCCUUCAGGGCCUGCCUUCUUCCUUCGCAUGGACAGAAAAGUAUCGCCACUCCCAGUCCGACUGUCUGUAUGUCUCCAAUGUAAACGACCUGGACAAUCCUUUCUUCCACGACACCUUCACACCCGAGGGCUCGCAAAAUCCCUUCCAGAAGGAUGUAUUUGAUCCAAUGAAAUACAUGAAUUUAUCCGAUGGAGAGAAGAAUGUGAUUGCUACCGACAAUGUUCCAAUGAGACGGAUGAUGACAUCUUCAAUGGAUGACAAUAUGACCGACCCCCUGUCUGCUCUACGUAAGGCUGACAGCCGAGAGUCGUUAGAUAGAUUAGAUGAAAGUUACUAUGAAGAUGAAGAAAAUGAGGCAUUCCCGGACUCCUUGAGGAUUAUUACUAACCAGUUAGGCAUCCCUGGAUCAGGAGUGGAGCUGGUGAACAACCUGAAACCAACAACAGCCCGCGAACACGUAGUGAGACACUACAUGAGACAGAGAGAGGACGAAUUCACCUACAAAAAGUACUACAGUGUGUUUUGUGGAACAUGGAACGUGAAUGGCCAGCAUCCUCCAACAACACUGAACCACUGGCUGAGUAGACCACCCUCACCUCCUGAUAUUUAUGUAAUAGGAUUCCAGGAACUGGACCUCAGUAAUCAGGCCUAUGUGUUCAGUGAUUCUCCCAAGGAGGAGGAGUGGCAUAAUGCUGUGAGAAAAAGCCUGCCGCCCAAAGUCCGCUACAGAAAGGUAAAGUUGAUUCGAAUGGUAGGGAUAAUGAUGCUGGUGUAUAUUAAAGAAUCACUAGUCCCUGAUGUUCCUCCUCACCUCAUAGAUGCAGACUCCGUGGCCACAGGAAUUAUGGGAAUCAUGGGUAACAAAGGAGGGGUGGGGGUGAGGAUGACUUUACACAAUACCUCGCUGUGCUUCGUUAACACCCACUUGGCAGCUCAUCAGGAUGAGUACGAAAGACGUAACCAGGUACACAAGGAUACAGACUACCGAGAUGUAGAUAGUAAAAUGAGGUUCAAACAGUUCUUGCCACCAUUAACGAUAUCAGAGCAUGAUCAGAUAUUUUGGAUUGGUGACCUGAAUUACAGAAUAAAUGGGCUGGACAUCGACAAGGUGAAGGCAAUGAUUGACAGGGAGAAAUACCAGGACCUUCUUAGCUAUGAUCAGCUUCAUCAACAGUUGGGUAGAUCCGAUGUGUUUAAGGAUUACCAAGAGGGAAACAUCCACUUCAAACCGACCUAUAAAUACAACACAGGCACUAACGACUGGGAUUCCAGUGAAAAGAAUCGAAUCCCUGCCUGGUGUGACAGAAUCCUGUACAAGGGGGAGGGGAUAGAGCAAGUCCAAUACACCUCCCACCCAGAUCUACUCAUCAGUGACCACAAACCUGUGUCCUCGCUGUUUAACAUUGAGGCAAAAGUGAUUGAUAAAGAAAAGUCAAAUAAGGUGUAUGAGGAUAUCAUGAAAAAAUUGGACAGAUUAGAGAAUGAUUACCUACCUCAAGUCAAGUUAGACAAAACAGAGUUCCUGUUUAAAGAUGUGAUGUUUAUAGAGAAACGAUCAGAAAUGUUGACUGUAUGUAACACAGGCCAGGUGCCUGUGGAGUUUGAAUUUAUCAACAAGCUAGAGGAGGAAAGCUACUGUCAGCCAUGGCUAAGGAUUAAACCAUUUAAGUCUGUGAUAACUCCAGGGUCCUCCUGUGAAAUCCGGAUAGAGGUGCUAGUGGAUAAGAGCUGUGUGGCCUCGCUGAAUGCCUCUAAUCAUGUGUUAGAUGAUAUAUUAGUACUUCACCUCAACGGGGGAAAGGAUUUCUUUGUAACAGUCAAUGGAAACUUUAUUCCGUCCAGCUUCGGAUGUUCUCUAGAGGCCCUGGUACAGAUGCAUGGACCAAUCCGAGAAACUCCCACAGCUCAGCUUAUAGAGAUAGAGCAGCCUGGCAGUCUGAUGUCUAGAGAUUUAACACAGGGAGGCAGGCUCUACGCUGUCCCUAAAGAGAUCUGGAGGCUAGUAGAUCAUAUUUGGCAUUAUGGGAAAACUCAGGGUGAGCUGUUCCAACAGUCGGGCUAUAACAAGGAGCUACAGGCCAUCAGAGACUGUCUGGACAUGGGUGUUCCUGAAAAGAUGCCUGGAAGUGUACAUUCUGUGGCGGAGGCCUUGUUACUAUUUUUAGAAUGUCUGCCUGACCCAGUUAUACCAAGCCGGGUUUACUAUAGAUGUCUGGAGUGCUGCGGCAACUACAUGUUGUGUAAACAGGUGAUAUCCCAGAUCCCAGAACAUCAUAAGAACCUGUUUCGAUAUGUGUGUGCGUUCCUGAGGGAGCUCCUGAACCACUCCCAGCAGAACAACCUAGACAUCAAUAUAUUGUCCUCGAUCUUUGGAGAAAUCUUCCUGCGUGCCCCGCCUGUUCGUCUAGCUAGAUCCCUAUCCACUCCAGCGGGUAAAGCCAAGGCAAAGGAGGAAGAAAUGAAGAGAGGAGCUUUCGUGUACCACUUUCUAGCCAAUGAGACGGACGAUUAAUGGGGGGGGGGGGGGGGGGGUUCUCCCAGUCCCACAUGAUGGAAGCCAGAGAACAUUAGAAUGAGAAAAGUUACAUGUUCUGGGUGUUUUUAUUAAUAGAUCCUUUAGGAUUGAAGGAACUGUGAGGAAUGAGUAGAUUUCUAUUUCAGUGAACCAAGCUGAGAAUCUGGAUUGAUUUGAGUUAGAUUUAUAAUUUCUCUCUGUGUAGGGGAUGUAGGGCUUGCUGCAUGUGUCGAAUGUAAACUCUGUAAUUGAAGAUCAUGUAAGUUGCUUGAUGGAUAUCGGUGUGUGUGUCAGGAACAUUACCCAAGUGUUAAAUUUUUUUUAGACAAAUAGAGAAAAAAAUUCCAUAAGAUUGUAUUGAGGGAGCACUGCAUACUUUCUGUGCUAAAUCUUAAAACAAUGAAUUAUUUCAUCUGAAUGAUAAAACAUGCCCCUGAUACACCAGUAUAUAUAACUGCUUUCUAGAUCCCUGCAAUAGUUGUACAUAUGUAGAGCUACGUAAUUAAACGAAAUGUGCAAAUUACAAAAUCAACACAUGACAGUGAAAGGUGGUUUUCAGAUGAUAAUUAGAAAAUUCGAAAUUGAUCUCCAGAUUUUCUGCUACUUUUUAAUAGUAAAUAUGUGUGGCCCGUUUUUGGUAGCAUCAUGGGGAAAAGAUUAAAUGACCGAAGCAUACUAACCUAACUGUUAUAAUUACUCCUAAUUACGAAAAAUACUAACUGUCUGCUAUUAAUUUGUGCAAGAUAGAAAAUCACACUGCCAGAUAUCAUAGAGUCUACUUGAUUUCAGAUAUCUUAAAGUGUACUUGAUUUCAAAUAUCAUACGGUACUUGAUUUCAGAUACAUGUAUCAUACAGUACUCGAUGUUUGUACUCUUGUACAAUUUCAAGAAAUAUUUCUUAGUAUGUUUCAAUUUGUUAGAUAUUUUGCCAACCUUAUUUUAAUCUUAUUUAGCAGGAUUUGUAGAAGACAUAGAAAUAUUUAGUUAAUUCAAUCUCUCAAGGAAUUUAUUAUUUAGAUAUGCUUACAUUGCAUGGUUUUGUGCGUUGAUUUACAGAACACCUGUAACAUAUUUACAGAAUACACAAGUGUUAUUUGGGACCAGUUUGUAGUAGGAAAUUUUUUUUGAUUUGUGAAUAAUUCUUACAAUAUCUUAUGUUAUUGAAUGUCUUGCUGUGAUAUUGCCUUCCGAAGUUCAUGUAUUUAACAAGUGCAUUUAUGUCGACCCAGCUGAGUGUGGUGUGGAUUCUGUAGAGAUGGACAUUGAAAUUUGUGGUUAUAACAAUGGAAUUUUUUAGUGACGUCGUAAAUAGCUACACUUAUUAUUUAUCCUAGAUGUAGCUAGGCUUAUUAUUUUGUUUGUUUGUUUAGAAAGAAUUCAGGAUAAUUUUAAAAAAAAUUCCAUUCUAACUUUUGACCUAGAUUAAACCAGAAUAUUGUGGACCAGUUUAUUGGUUAAUAUGCAGAGAUGACUCCUGUAUGAGAGCAACUUAUUUCAUUUACAAAAUGUCUAAUGCCAGAAUCACAGCCCCACCCCCACCCCACCCCCUAACUUAAACAUUAGGUACCUUGACAGCCCCACCCCCUAACAUUAGGUACCCUUGACAGCCCCACCCCCUAAUUUAAACAUUAGGUACCCUUGACAUGUAUGAUACAUAUAAAGUAUACCCAUACCUUCAGAGUGUCUGUAACCAGAGUGUAGAAGAAUAUUUCUUGUUUAAUUAUUAAUGAUCUAUUUCUUAAUGAUGUACGAGUGUACUAUUGCAUGUAUGACAUUUUACAUUGGAACGUCUAGUUUACCUCCUUAGUUAUUCACAGGCAUAUAUAGAACUAUCAUUCAAAUUCUACAACAAAUAUGCACAAAUCUCCUCUCUUUUAGUGUGAAUAAAUACACUUUGAUUAAAAGGCAAUCUGCACUUUUGCUAAUUCACCCAAAGAAAAACACAUUUUAAAACCCAGUCCCAAAAGGUAACUAUUCCAAAUUCUCUUAGAUGUUCCAAUGAAUUAUUGAUUAAUUAUUGAUUCCGUUUCGUACUUCUUUGCACUCCCUACAGGAGAGUUCCUUUGUUUGACAGAUUUGCAGAUGCACUAUAAUUUCUCUUUUGCUGGUGAUGUUGCAAACUCUUUUCACGUGACGCUGGAUUUAGUUUUUAGAUGUGCUGUGGCUUGCAUAUUCUUCAAUCUGUUUUGUGUGUUGUUCAUCUUUGAUGGACAUACAUAUGAUUUUGAAUUGAUAGAAUUAACAUAAAACCUUAUUCAUUAGAUCCCUAAAUAUGCAAUUGACCUUAAUGUUGGGUUGGGUUUUUUGGGGGGUUGGUUGGUUUUUUUUUAGGUGUCUGUAUAGAUUUCAUUUGCAUUCUGUAAAAAAAACUUUCAUUUUCAAAAUGACUUUUAAUUUAUUUUUAUUAAUUACAUGUAUCAUGCUAUUGUAGCUCCAACCCAUAAUAGCUACAUGUAUACUAUGUGUUACUAUGGCAACAUGAUUUCAUUCAGUAGCGUGCUAUUGUAGCUCCAAUGUUAGUUACACUAUGUGUUACUAUGGCAACAUGAUUUCAUUCAGUAGCGUGCUAUUGUAGUUCCAAUGUUACUCACACUAUGUGUUACUAUGGCAAUAUGAUUUCAUUCAGUAGGUGCUAUUGUAGUUCCAAUGUUACUCACACUAUGUGUUACUAUGGCAAUAUGAUUUCAUUCAGUAGGUGCUAUUGUAGUUACAAUGUUACUCACACUAUGUGUUACUAUGGCAACAUGAUUUUCACUAUAGAUUGGCCUAAGUACAGUUGAAACUCAGCAUCUAGAACAUCAAUAUCUCGAAUACUAUGGAUAUGUUGAAGUGAAUUGCAAGUUUCAAAUGUAUUUUUCUUUUGUGUUUUAACCACAACAUCUUGAACCCUCGGAAAUCUCGAAGUUUUUUUUUCAGAACCCCAAGUUUGAGAUAACAAGGUUUGACUGGAGCAGUAUGAAACACACCCAGGAUUGAAUCAGCUUGUACUAUAAAAUGUAAAUAAUGUGGUCAUCAGGUCUUUUUAUUUAUUUUAUUUUUGGUCACAGAAAACCUUGGAUAUUUGUAAGAAGAAUUUUUUUAGCACCCCCACCCCCACCUCACUCUCUCCACCACACCCUCACCCCACCCCCAUCCCACUCCCUCCACCCCCACAUUGGCAUUCGUGAAAUAGCAGCAGCAUCUCUACUUAUUUUUUUUCUGGCAUGAUUUUGACAUACUUCUCACCAAGCCGUUUUUAUUGUUUGAGAUUUAUUAUCGUACGAUAACUUCUAUUUAUGAUUAAGCUAUGAGGACCGUUUAAAUUCCUCGGCUGUAGUGAAUACGCUUGAUUAAUGACAAUUUCUCCGAUAUGCAUCAUGGUCUAAUUUUUUUCAUACAUUCUGUAAAAUAAGAACUUUUGUCAGCUAUUCAGAAUAGAGAACAUAACACCAGAUUCAAUCGUUUUCUUUUAUUCUCAAGUAAAUUGAAAGAUUAAAACUCCAUUCGAGUUGCACAUCACUUUCAUAUUUAUAUAUAUAUUUUAUGUUAAUUCUGUUAUAUGUAACAAAUAUAACUGAAAAACAAAAGAUAUGAAUUAUAAUUAUUAUGCUUAUAACCAUAUUGUCCUCUGUCUUUCUAUAAUAAGUACCUGAAUAUUGAUGAUUAUGUAUAUAUUUAUUGAGAGUGGAGAAACACAGUCAGCUGAUUUUAUCAUUGUUACUCCUGUGCAGCACAUUAUAAUCAGCUGUUUCAGUACUAAGUAACAGAGAUCUGAUGUACAUUCUGCCACUCAUAGUAUACAUGUAACCACAGCAGGCUAAUCGUGAUGAAAACCUACUUUGUUGCUUAAGUGCAAUGAUUUGCAAUAAAGUUUCUGAAGUAUUGAU